GGCCCAUGAUCGCAUCUUGAGCAGAGUAAGGCCCAGUCGCCAAUCCUUUAGAAAGCCCCCAGUACGGACGCAAGAUUGGAGAACUUGGCUACCGUUCUGUAGGCUGCGAGGAACUUGCUCUUGUGAAGAAGGAAGUCUGGUGAUUGCCGAGGCGCCAAUGGAAGCAGUCAAUUCUGCCAACACUGGCUUUGUCCCAAAACCUCAAGUAAUUUACCGCUGUAAAAAAUGCCGCAGAAUCGUUGCUUCGCAAGAGAACAUAGUUUCACACGAGCGCGGGAAGGGAGAAGAGUGCUUCAAGUGGAGGAAGAGAACGGGUGACUUGAAGGACUGGCAAAAGGAUCCAGCUGAAUGCUCAUCCAUAUUCGUAGAGCUGAAGUGGAUGCAAGCAGUGGAAGACGGCUUCGUGGAAGAGAAGCUUCAGUGCAAGGGCUGCAACGCUCGCUUGGGUUCCUUCAACUGGGCUGGCAUGCAGUGCAACUGUGGAGCUUGGGUGAAUCCGGCAUUCCAGCUGCACAAGAGCCGGAUCGAUGAAUGCCAUACCUGAAGCACAGAGUAAUGCAAACCAUCUCCACUAGAGCACUUCUGUGGUCUGUACAUAAUCUCAUUCCGUGGAAUCAGCGAUCCGGCUUGUAGGCGGGGAACGACAAAACUCCGAAAUCGAACCUGGCACUGAUUAAAUAGAUCAUUCCCUAUGUAUUUUGGCAUCCCAAGUUGCAUACAUCCAUGUUAUAUGAGAGAUGACAGUUCUUAUCCUAACCGAACCAACCCCUGCGCCAUGGCGCCAAGCGUUUCGUAUGAGACAUGUUGGGCAAUGCUGCUUCAUCCGUUUUGAUGCUAAAUUUGAACUAUGAUUGCAGAGUAUGGUCAUGCUAAAAUAUUCUUUUGGGGCCA